AAUUGAAGGAGAUAGGCGUGGCCAGCCUGUUGGUUGUCUUGGAGAGCAAGACAUAAUUGGGUUUAACUAGGGUUUCUCUCAAACUGCAACUGCAACUUUGACAAUGAGUCGGCUGUUGAGAUCGAUGAACGCACUCAGAUCACUCAACCAAACGCCGAACGCACUCAGAUCACUAAACCAAACGCCGAUUCGAGCAGCAAUCUCAACUUCAUCUUCCCUGGUCAAGCAUCGCCCCCCCUCCUUGGUCCGCCAUUUCCGCGCCUCUCGCGAUCCUAGUAACAGUUAUGAAGCUCCACCGCCUGUUAAUUGGGGCGUCCGGAUAGUACCGGAGAAGAAGGCUUUUGUGAUUGAAAGGUUUGGAAAGUACGCUAAGACUCUGGAACCUGGGAUUCACCUCUUGAUUCCUCUCGUUGACAAAAUUGCCUACGUCCAUUCUCUUAAAGAGGAGGCCAUUCCUGUCCCUGAUCAAUCCGCCAUUACCAAGGACAAUGUCAGCAUCUUGAUAGACGGAGUCCUCUAUGUUAAGAUCGUCGACCCUAAGCUGGCUUCAUAUGGAGUUGAGAAUCCCCUUUACGCCGUCAUUCAGCUUGCCCAGACCACUAUGCGCAGUGAGCUUGGCAAGAUCACUCUUGAUAAAACCUUUGAAGAAAGGGACACCUUGAAUGAAAAGAUAGUGAUAGCAAUCAAUGAAGCUGCAAAAGACUGGGGACUGCAAUGUCUUCGUUAUGAAAUAAGGGAUAUAUCUCCUCCACGUGGUGUGAAAGCUGCUAUGGAGAUGCAGGCUGAAGCAGAGCGUAAAAAGAGAGCCCAGAUUCUUGAGUCGGAAGGAGAAAGACAGGCGCACAUUAACAUUGCUGAUGGAAAGAAGAGCUCGAUGAUGUUGGAAGCUCAGGGAGAAGCAGAGGCUAUAUUGGCUAGAGCUCAAGCAACAAACAAAGGAAUUGCAUUGGUUUCUCAAGCUCUCAAAGAAAAUGGAGGAGUUGAGGCAGCAAGCUUGCGUGUGGCAGAACAAUACAUCAAUGCUUUUGGAAACGUGGCGAAGGAGAGCACAACGCUGUUACUCCCUAUGAGUGCUUCAAACCCUGCUAGCAUGAUGGCCCAGGCUCUCAACAUAUACAAAAGCUUAAUUGGUCAGGAUCCCGCAAAAACCGCCCUCCCCGACUCCACACCCCCAGCCCCAGCCUCAAUCCAGUCAGAUAGCAAGGAGACCCACUCCAGCCCUGUUUUUUCCCUUCAAGACAAAAGAAAGAACUGACCAAUUUACUUUACUCUAGGGAGCUACUUGAACUCGGCCUAAGGUGAUUUUGCAUAUAGUUGGUCAAUUGGAUUGGAAGACAUUUUCUUUGGGUCUUUUAUCAAUAAAUGAACAAGUUGAUUACAUCAUCUUCAAAGAGUGGAUUACUAAAAUCCAUUGCCUAAAAUUGUUCUGUUCAUCUAAAAUGCCUCACCUUCUUGCUUUAAAAUAUAAUGCUUGUUUAUCUA